AUGGCCCGCCCCUCCUCAGUUAGGACAGCCAGCAGGGAUCGAAUCUCCUAUAAUGACUCUGACUUCUGGAGACAGCUCAUACGAAAACAGAGUGGAGCUGCCUCUUCGUCAACUUCACUUAAGAUGGUGAACGUAAAUGACUAUGGUGCUAAAGGAGAUGGAAGUGAUGAUACUGAGGCAUUCACGAAAGCCUGGGAGGCUGCUUGUUCUGCUCAGAGAGCUGUUCUAGUAGUCCCUCAGAACAAAACUUAUGUUCUUACGCCCAUCACAUUCUCAGGUCCUUGCGGAUCUGACCUCACAGUAGAGAUCUAUGGAACAAUCGAGGCUUCUUUAGACCAAUCUGCCUACGAAAAGGAUCCGACAUUAUGGCUGAAGUUUGAAAACUUGACAAAAUUGAGUGUAGCAGGCGGUGGCUACAUAAAUGGCAGUGGAGAAACAUGGUGGCGAAAAUCCUGCAAAAGAAAGCCAAAACUCCCUUGCAAGCAUGCACCAACAGCAUUGACAUUCCAAGAAUGCAAAAAUCUGAGGGUAGCUGAUUUAACCAUUACAAAUGCACAACAAAUGCAUCUUGUAUUCAAGAAAUGCGUGAAUGUGAGUGCAGUGAAUCUGCAGAUAACUGCUCCUAAGGAAAGCCCAAAUACUGAUGGAAUUCACGUCACGGAUACUCAAAAUAUCACCAUCGAUCAUUGUGCCAUUGGGACGGGGGAUGAUUGCAUUUCUAUAGUAAGUGGGUCGAGUAAUGUUCAAGCUACAGAUAUAGCCUGUGGACCAGGCCAUGGCAUCAGCUUGGGAGCCCACAUGUCAGCUGACUAUGUUUCAAAUGUCGUAAUAAAUAAUUCAAGACUUUCAGGAACCACGAAUGGUGUGAGAAUAAAGACUUGGCAGGGAGGAUCAGGGUAUGCGAGUAACAUCAGAUUUGAGAACCUUGCAAUGGACAACGUGACCAAUCCCAUAAUCAUAGAUCAGAACUAUUGUGAUCAAGAGAAACCGUGUCCUCCGCAGGCCGCAGCAGUUCAAGUAAGGAACGUGACUUACACGAAUAUCAGAGGAACCAGCGCUUCAGAAGAGGCCAUAAAAUUCGACUGCAGCAGGAACCAUCCAUGUGAAGAUAUUUUCUUGCAGGACAUCAACCUCCGAAGCGAAUCUUCAGUUAAGAGCACUGAAGCUUCUUGCUUAUAUGUUAGACCUACCCAAACUGGAAUAGUCUCCCCUCGCUGUGACUAA